UCCAUCAUCAUCACACUUUAUCUCAAUCAUAUAGAAAAAGAGUGUAGGAGAGAAUUUUGGAGAAAUCUUCCAACCAAUGGGCUAUAAAUAUGGAUAGAGCAAGAGAGCAACAAUUAUCCCAACUCAGAUGGAAAGAGUUGAGUUCUCUCUACUGUUAAUCCUUACUCUAUCUUUCUAUUGCUUGAGAGCGGAAAGCGAAGGUGGCUUAGCUAUUCGCAAGGCGAACCAACGUUGCAGUGCUGAGGAAAGAGAUGCCCUCCUUGAUUUUAAACAAAGUCUGUCUGAUCCUCACUUCCUUCUCUUGAGUUGGGAUAUAAGCGAGGAUUGUUGCUCGUGGAAGGGAGUGAAUUGUAGUAAUAAAACCAAUCAUGUCAUCAAGCUCGAUUUCUUUGUUUUUUCAGAUAUUUUAAUUGCUGCAUCGUUACAUCCGUCUCUUUUUCGCUUAAGACACUUGCAAUAUUUGUGCUUGAGUAAAAUUGACUUCAAUCAAACAAUGAUCCCUCAUUCUAUUGGUUCCCUCACUAAAUUGAGCCAUCUUGAUCUCUACUCUUCGGGAUUCACCGGAGAAGUUCCACCUCAUAUUGGAAACUUGACAAAACUUAGAUACCUUGAUCUUAGUUUUAAUUCUCUAGUUUCUUAUAACCUCUUAUGGAUGUCACAGCUCUUCUCUUUACAAUUCGUUUAUAUGUUGAAUCUUAAUCUAACAUUCGCUACGAAUUGGUUACAUGAGAUUAGUGUGCUUCCAGCUAUCUCCAUUUUGUAUUUGUCAUCAUGCAGCCUACAAACACUUCCGAAUUUACUUCCAUAUUCUAAUUUUUCAUCAACCAUUGAAAUAUUUGCUCUUGGUUAUAACCAUCUCAAUGGAAGUUUGCCAAAUUGGUUAGGACAAUUCAAAAGAUUAAAUGAAUUAGACCUCGAUUCAAACUAUUUUACAGGACCUAUCUCAUUUGCCUCUUUAAGCUUUUUAUGUGAUCUCAAAUUUUUGGACCUUAGCAAUAAUAAUUUUACAAAAUUAAGUGAUGAUGGAACUCCUUUAAAAUGCAAAGAAUAUAAAAUGAGAGCAAUAGAUAUCUCCAAUAACCAACUGAGCGGAAGCAUACCUGAAUGGGUUGGAAAUAUGAGAAAUUUAAAAUACAUUCAUCUUCAAAAUAAUCAGUUUGAUGGACUUAUUCCACUGAAUCUUGGACAACUAACUAACUUAGCUUUUCUGGACCUUUGUUCCAAUAAUUUGCAUGGUAGUCUUUCUGAAUUUCAUUUAGCAAAUUUAUCACAAUUGAUAUACCUAGGUCUUUCAAAUAAUCAAUUGAGUUUUAACAUGAUUAGUUCUGAUUGGAAUCCACCAUUUCAAAUUAUUUAUCUUUACCUACGUUCUUGUCUUGUUGGUCCUCAAUUCCCACUAUGGCUUCAAAAUCAAAAGCUUCUUUCCAAUUUAGACCUCUCCAAUUGUGGUAUUUCUGAUAUCAUUCCAAGUUGGUUUUGGAAUAUAUCAUCUCAAAUAAAUUACUUGAACAUGUCUCAAAAUGCAAUUAGAGGUAAACUUCCAAUGUCAUUGAAUAUUGCAUCUCAAGCAACUAUUGACUUAAGCUCAAAUCAAUUGGAAGGGCGCCUUCCUCAACCAAUGAAUUCUGUACGUUAUGUAUCAUUUUCGAAUAAUAACUUCUCAAGCGGGAUUGAGUUAUAUUUAAAUGGGAACUUGAGUUUGUUGGUGGUGCUUGAACUUUCUCAAAAUCAUCUCUCAGGCGAAAUUCAUAAUUCUGUAUGCCAAAUGCCUUCAAUAAUUCUUCUGGACUUAUCAGAGAACGAUCUUUCGGGAGAAAUUCCAAAAUGUGAUGGUAAUGUUUCAAGUUAUAAGAUG